UGUGAUGUACCCAACAGUCACCAUGCCAGCCGAUGAUGGUUUUUUGUUGACUACUGGUACUAUGGCGUCUGGUUGCAUGCCCGCUACAUCGGAGGUUAGUUCAGUUGUACAGUGCCAUGGUGUGCAUGAGGUGGUUGAAGUAGGGUGGGAUGGGGGAUGCGGUCAGUUAGAGAAGGAGGAGGAUGGUGAUGAUGGCGGAUGUCGCUUCCCCCUUCCCAUCAUGCUCUAUCAAUCAAGAUGCGUAUGUUUUGCGAUUCGUGAUGCUCAUGGUGUCACUUUACUUCACGGUUUUACCAAUUGCUAUUAUUUUCAGAUUGUAUGUGAACAGCUUGUUAUUGGUCUUUAUGUAGAAUACAUCCCGAUCUUUAUCUCACAUGUCCGUGCAUUACCGAACUUGUAUCAGGUUCUUCAAUAAAUUAUCAUCUCCGCAGGGGUUAUAUAUGUCACCAGGCUUUAAAGAUACGCCUUCAUGUAAAAAUUAAAUCGAUUGGAAGCAUUGAAUCUUGUGAUACAAAUAUUCUUUACUUUCUGUUAGGGUGGAAGAAUAGUGGAUUUUUUUCUUCAUUUCAUUUAUUGCAUUCAUGAUUUUAGCAUAGACAUGUUUUUGCAUUUUCAGCUUUAUUUAAUUUUUUUUUUUUGGGGGGGGGUGGUGUCCGGAUAUUACAUCUCUAAUCUGUAGGAAAAUGUUUAUGUUUAUUUAUGUUUAAAUGAAAAAAAAUGACAGGGCAUAUUACUAUUUCGAGAAAUACCGUUGUCAGACAUGCGAAGUUUGCUACUUGGCCGGUUUCCCAGGGACGUAUUGCACACUGAGGUAUGCAGUGCUAUCCAAAUCCUGUCGCGUCUGAUCCCCAACAGGCCGACAGCCCGUUGUGUAUGUGCAGCAUAACAGGUGCAUUAUUAGAACGACCUCGAAUUCGCCAUUUUCCUUCAAUACAGCGUGACCUAUCUACAAUGCUCUGUGAACCCUAUUCAACGAAAAUCUCUUUCUCAGCCAUUUGUAUGCACACAGUGAGCUCAGCUAUGCAGCAAAGUUACACAAUGGAACAAAUUUACAGCGAAAUAAAAGUAGGGCCACUCAGGCGUCCAUAAAAGGGACUUAAGUAAACUAUAAUGUAUCAAGGGUUUAUGCCCGGGCUUUAUAUUUAUUAUUGGAUUUUUCUGUUUUAAGCUAAAAUAUAUUGGAUGACAAUAGCUUGAACAGAUAGUCUUGUGCUAUCUGUAAAACUGUAAUUUAAAAAUCAGUCAGGACUUACAAUCACAUGGAUUUGGGUUUCGUAGUUGUACACGUUACAACGUACAUUAGCAAUGGGAAGGGAAAUAAAUAAAUACUAAACAAACUUGUUAUAUCGGAAAGAAUGAGUAAGAGUUUCAAUGUUUUCUGCCUCGUUCCUGGCGUCACCCGUUGCAGACUCUUGGCCCCGUCACUGUCAUGAACUUCCGUUCAGUUUCCUUCUCGUGAGGGGGCAUCUUAACAGUCUUAAAUCUACAGACCCUUUCAUUUUCUUACCAAACUCGAACAAUCCACCUCUCAAAUAAAUGCAUCAUUCAAAAAUUGGAAAGGCAUGUUUGCGAUGAAUCUCGAAGAGUUCUGGCAAAUGCUCAACUUUACACCAAUCUCUUGUAAAGCGAUAUGCUUGUCCCUGAUGUGACUUCCGCUUGUAGAGUCUGUGUUGCUAUUCUACUAACACUGACUUGGAAUUCACCAAAAAUCCUGAGCUUGCGGCUCACAUGGUUAGUUCAGCCAACGCUCUCGAACAGGUCGUUCCUCCCCCUCGCCGGUGUGAGAGGGUACUGAGCAGGACACAUCCCCAAACCGCAUUGCCUUAUUUUCUCCGUAUUCAUUUACUUCGGGAUUAUUUUAGAGGAAUUUAAAGGAUUUAUACUUCCAUUGUCUUUUGAUUAUUACUCGUUCUUCUACAUUUUGGACGGAUUUUCUUUGUCAGCUGAAGGCUUUUGGGCUUUGGAUUAGGUGAGCUAACAUGUAUCACCGGGCUAUUAUGUACCCAUCGGCCAAGCUCGUCAAGGUGGAAGCAGAUUAUACCGCCUCUGAAGACAUCAUGGAUAUCUCAAGCUAUGCACCAACUAUGAGCAACCAAGUCACCUCCCUGCCUAAUGCCAUCCCGACUUCAGUCAUCACCCCAACCACCUCACUGACUGGAGGAUCUUGGCUAGAACAUCCCAACAACAUCCACGGAGGUAGCUUCGUGCCCCCUUCUGUAUCAUCCCACAACGGUUACCACACCCCUGCUGUGGUGCGAGGAGGAGGUGGUAUAGGGGGUCAACAUCCCCACCAUCCCCACCAGAGGAUCGCCAGGGAGAGGGGCGAUAUGGACAUGUACAGGAUGUCCCCUUCCUCAGGCCCCCGCAGAAGGAUAAGAGAUGACGAUGUAAGUAGGAAUUUAACUCCCGAUGAACGUGAAAAGAGAAGGGUUCGCCGAGAGAGGAACAAACUAGCUGCUGCCAAGUGUAGACAGCGACGGGUCGAUCAUACCAACACAUUAAUCAAUGAAACUGAGGACUGGGAAGAAAAGAACGCCACUCUAGAACAAGAGAUCUCCAAGCUUCAGCAGCAGAAAGAACAACUGGAGUUCAUCCUGGAGGCCCAUAAGGCUAUGUGCCGUAAGAACAAGGUUAACAAGGAGACAGCUACUACAGCCUCUUGUACCACCACUACCACCUGUCGCGCCAAUACUGUGGCAAGCCUGGAUACGCCCACUACCGAAGUUGUGACACCUACUAGACUCUUCAACUUCGCUGGCUUGUCCGAGGGGGUCAUGGACGGCACCAAUCACUCUUCAUCUGGUUCGUCUUCGUGUGGACGUGAAGCCAUGUCAAUCAAAUCAGAAAACAGCAGCAGUGGUAGUGAUAUGUCCAGUCCCGAGUCCGCCCGCCGAACCCUUAUUCAACUCUAAUAGUGUGCUAUUAUCAUGAACUUGACGCUAAUGUUUAAAAAAAUAAUCCAUGAAGAGGAAUUGAUAAAAUGUUAAUCAGUCAGUUUCUCAUUCAUAACAAAUUUUAAUUGUAAGUUUGUUUAACAAAAUCACGUAAAACGAAAAACUUCAAGAUAAUUAUGUUUCAAUUUAUCAUUGUCAUUUGGUUGAAACUACAUAGCAAAAAAUACUGUUAUUUCAUAUUAUACUUAUUAAACUACGUGGAUGAAUGAAAUACAUAACCCUUUUCUUUUGCAAAUGAUAAUUAUUACAUGAAUGUGUCACUAAAAUUACUUUUACAUGUUUCUCGAUAUUGCCGGCUGUCACCUGAUUUUUGUUUGAGAUCGUGUGAAAAGAAAUGUAAUAGGAGAGAACGUACAUAUUCAUGAAUACAUGUAUGUGUUUUUUGAAGUGUUACAAAAACUUUCAUUCAAUGCUUCCAUUUUUUUACUCUUUUAUUAUCUCUUUUACAAUAAAAUUAUUGGCUCAAUUGUAUUCAUCUUGAAAGAAAAGAAAAACGAGAAAAAUAUAAAGUUUUCAAAACUUUUCAUAAUAAGUUAUGAAUCAGGUUUUCUUUUUUAUAACGUUUGUAUUCCUAGUCUAUAUGAUGAUUUGAUGUAAAAAGAUGGACAUUUCUUGUUUUUUAGAACAUGAACUUGUAGAUAUGUAAUGCUGCCUCGUUUUAGAAUGAUGACAUAUGUUUUCCUCUACGUUACAUUCUUGUCAACAAUAUUGAAGUAUUUAUAUUCGCGUGCAAUAUAGUAGUGUUAUCUUAUAUACCUGUUAGUUGAUAACUAAACAAACGUCUGGCAAUACAGUUAACGAAUAGAUUGGGGAGUUUCACGUGAUAUAAUUGAACAAAAGAAAAAGCAAAAUUAAAAUCAAUCUGGGAUGUAGAAUAUGCUUUGUAUCGUUCCUUUGAAUGUGCUCUGUAUAGCCUGCGAAAUGAAGAAGCUGAUUUUAUUUUCUUAUCAUAUUACGGAGCAAAGGGAUGUCACUGUCUAUAUUUAGGCGGGAAAACAUGAGUCACAAAUUACUCAUCUUCUAUGCACUGCCUACGCAACUUUCUGACUUCGUUCUACAUAAUACCAAACAUGUAUUUCAAUCUGAUAUUGAAGAUAGUGAAACUUCCAUAAUCAAAAUCAAAUUCUGCGUAGAAGUUCAAAUCUCUUGACUUUUCAAAUUAACUUAUUCAAAGUGUUAAUUAAGAACUUUUUCCCGGUCAAUUGUUUUUAAAAUAAUACAUUGACCUCCAUUGUGAUGUUCGCCUGACGAAUAAUAUAUUACCAACUGUAAUCAUUUCAUCAUUGUUUACUCUGGACUUGCCAAACUAAAAUAAUAGCAUUUUCGAAUCUGAAUUAUUUUGUACAUUUUCGUUUCCAUGUGUAGCCACUUGACUGGUUAUUUCUUCUAACAGUGAUAAUUAAGAUCGCUUGUAAGUAUUUAUUUUCAGAGAUAUUUAUUUAUUUAUGAUUUCGAGAGAAUACGGAUUCUGAAAGGCUGUUAUAUUGUAUACAGUAUUCCAUUAUUGUUGGAUAUACGAAGGACUUUAAGUGAAUGUUUGGAGUAUGAACAUACAUGUAUUGCAAUAAGUUGAUUAAGAUUUAUGUACAGUCGUUACGAUUAAUAGCUCAAAUAGUAUUCAAAAUGAUUUAUUUUAUUCUAUUGUGAGAUGUUUCAGUUCGGGUAUAAGAUUUACUUGGUAAUGUUACACGAUAGAUGGUAUUUCAACUUGUGAUUAAGAUGUAAAUAUGGAAAGAAAUGUUGAAAAUAAUUGAGGAGGAAAAGAAAGAGAAAGCCAGGGAAGUAGCUGAGAAUUCUGCUUGUGUGUGAGAGAUGAGAUAUAAGCACUGCC